AUGGCAACAUCAGUGCGCAUGCGCAUCAGAACAAAGACUGGACCAUCAGAACUGGGGCGUGGUCUGUUAUCGUCCCCCCUCCGAACGCAUUGCACGCUCAGCCUCCAUGCCUCCACCUACAGCGGUACAACUUUGGAGAGCCUCGUGUCGCACACAGCGCCCCGUAGCCUCUCCGGAGAGACGCGCAGCCACAGCCACGGCCCCUCACGGCGAGAGGAGAUGAAGAGGAGGGUGCAUAAGAAAUACUUGAUACUGAUUCUCGCCUACUCUGGUCUCCUGCUGCUGGUGCCCUACGUCCUCGACUACAAAUCUGUGGAUCACGGCAGACACCCACUGCCGCAGCAACAGUCGAGAUGCCCAGAUUUGGCCAACACGGUGGCGAUGAUGUGGGAUAACACCGGGGUUAACGGGAGCGACGCGUCCGCCACUGAGUCCGCGGGGAACCGGAGCCAGUCUCGCAUCCACAUCUACCUCCACGCCACAUGGAGAACCGGCUCGUCUUUUCUGGGGGAGCUUUUUAACCAGCACCCCGAUGUUUUCUACCUGUACGAGCCAAUGUGGCACAUCUGGCAGGCUCUGUAUCCAGGGGACGCGGGGAGCCUCCAGGGCGCAGUGAGAGACAUGUUGAACGCGCUGUACCGCUGCGACUUCUCCGUGCUCAAACUUUACGCGGGGACCCAAAACAUAAGCACGUCGUUUAUAUUCGGCUGGAAGAUGAACAAAGUGAUCUGUUCCGACCCGCUCUGUGACGCACAUAAGCGACACGAGGUGGGAUUGGUGAGGCAAGACCUGUGCGCAAAGUGCCAAAAGAGGGACAUUCGCGAGCUGGAGAAGGAGUGCAAGAAGUACCCGGUGAUGGUGAUCAAGGGGGUGCGCGUCCUGGACCUCAGCACCCUGGUCCCGCUGGUGAAGGACCCCGUGGUGAACCUCCAGAUUGUGCAGCUCUUCAGAGACCCGCGCGCGGUCCACAAUUCCCGGCUCAAGUCCAAGCAGGCCCUGGUGAAGGAGAGCAUCCAGGUGCUCAGAAGCAAGAAGCAGAACGACAAAUACAAGCGUCUCCUGGUCCCGAACAGAGUCAACCGAGCGGAGAGCUACGUUUCCAGCGCCAUGGAGCUCAUCUGCGACAACUGGCUCAACGACAUGUUCUUGGUCAGCAACUCCCCCCAGUGGCUGAAGCGGAACUACAUGAAGAUCCGUUACGAGGACCUGGUCACACGGCCCAUGGAGGAGCUGCAGAGACUGUACCGUUUCUCCAACCUGUCCACCAACGCCGCUCUGGAUAAGUUUGCCUUGAACAUGACGCACGGACAGGGUUAUUCCUCGGACAGGCCCUUCUUAAUUUCCUCCAGAGACGCGAAAGAGGCGAUUUUUGCGUGGAGAGAGAGGCUGAACGUGGAGCAGAUCAGUCAGGUCGAGGCCUUCUGCAGCGAGGUCAUGAGGCACCUGGGAUAUCAGAAGCACAGCGAGGACAAGAAGACGUGA